AAGAAAGAUGAGUCAAUGUCUAUGCCUACUUAGGAGCUUGUUAAGUCUUGGAUUAAAGAGAGAGAUGAAGCAAAGAGUUUGGUAUCUAAGAAGCAGAAAGAAGUUCAGAUUCAGGAGAACCAGUGUAUUGACGCUGGUCCACGAAAGAAGAAUAAAGGAAAGACAAAUAAAGGGGUAACGGAUUCGCUCUGUGGGUUCCCGGGAGCCUCGAGUGCCCGUAUGUUUGCUAAGAUGGAAUCAAAAAAACAGUUUGGUAUUCAAAGGACAGAGGAGAAGCUUCAGUAUACGAAGCCUUGUCCAGAAAAGUACAGGAUUUCUCCUCCUGCGUUAGGUUCUCAGCCUAAUCGGGGUAGUUCCCCGGUUAAUGGCUGCUAAUCCUUGAAAGAGCAUAGCUCUACCUUCACUUUUUGGGUUAUAGAUGACGAAGGUUUUUUGUUGGAAUAUUAGAGGAUUAAACAGCUUCUCAAGACAAAGAUUUGUUAGAAGUUGGAUGUCUCGAAAUAAACCAGUCUUGGGUAGUAUUUUGGAGACGCAUGUCUCGGAGGAGAAUGCGGAUCAAGUUUUUCAGGCCUCCUUUCCAGGGUGGAGAGGAGAAUUUAACUACCAAAUAUGCGGAGAAUGGCAGAAUUUAGGUCGUUUGGGACCCCUCUAUUUCUGUCAUCUGUUUUUACAAAUCAGCUCAGAUAAUACUUAAGGUGUGUUCAUUUCGGAGACGAAGGAAAGUUUUGCAGUAGCUUUCAUUUAUGGUACAAUACGGUGACUCAGAGAAGGGACCUUUGGAAGGAUAUCACGUUACUAGCUCAAAACUCUCCAGCAAAAGGGUCUCCGUUGAUGGUGGUCGGAGAUUUUAACCAAAUUCUCUCAGCUAAUGAGCACUUCUCAGUGCUUCCACAUCCUUUGCCCUUAACAGGUAUGUCGGAAUUCAGUCAGUGUUUGAUGAAGAAUGAUUUAUCAGAUUUGCCAAGCAGAGGUGCGUUCUAUACCUGGACGAAUAACCAGCCGGAUGAUCCGGUUUUGAGGAAACUAGAUAGAGUUUUAGUGAAUGAUCACUGGCGGGAUACUUUCCCGGAAGCUAUUGCUACAUAUGACUCUCCGGGGGACUCAGAUCAUUCUCCAGCUCUGGUAUACACCUCUGCUCAUAUUCAGAAAAACAAGAAUUCCUUUAAGUAUUUCUCCCUUUUAUCCACUCAUCCCAGAUUCAAGGAAAUUAUCAGUGCAGCCUGGUCUGAGCAAACUGGAGUUGGCUCUGGUCUAUUCACCUUCGCCCAAAAGAUGAAGAAUGUCAAAGCAUCUUGCAAACAACUGAACAGAGAGGGUUUUGGGAAUCUUCAGCAGAGAAUAAAAGAGUCCUUGGAGCAACUAGAGUCCAUUCAGGCUGAAAUGAUGAGGACACCAACUGAUUCCUUAUUCCGAGAGGAGUUUGUAGCGAGACAAACUUGGAAUUUCUUUGCAAAAGCUCUGGAAUCCUUCUAUAGAGAAAAGUCUAGAGUGGGAUGGCCGCGCCUUUGGUUACAUUUUCUUACAAGGGGCUCGGUUGGUCAUUGAGCUCGCUAUCUUGCUGUUAGCUGAGUCAUUGGUCUUAAGCUCCAAGAAACGCAAAGUUGAAACAUGCCAAGUCAUUGAGCUGAGCUGGCUAUGAAUUUUCACAACAGAGCUUAAUCCAAGAGCUAGAUGAAUCUAAGUCAGUCUUUAGUUGUACUCUGGUCCGUUUCUUUUGUUAUUUUAUUGUUUUGAUUGUUUUUAUCUGAAUGUAGUUUAGUGUUGUUUUUUAGUGAGCUUUGAUCGAAUAAAAUAAAUGUACGUUGAAAUCUCGUUAUUAUAAUUUCAGUAGCCAGAUCAUAAUAAAGGUCAUCCAUAAGUUUAUUAA